AAGCAGUGGGCGCAACAUCUAGUUCGGCAGGGAAGUGUUGGCGGGACAGUUUUAACCGCUACGGGGACGCGUCAAAAGCAAAAAAACUCUUUCUUCGUCGUUUGAACUGCAGCAGCGAAACGCGUCACGGAGAAAGAAGUGCGUAAGACAAAUAGCUUUUCGGUUGCCGCGUUUACGGAACGAUAAGAAAAAAAAAUCCCGCCAACGGACUUCGCCAUCGGUUUUGAUUUUUCGGAUUGUUUUUGCGUAAUAAAAACGGUCCGUGGCUGCAAGAUUACAUUUCGAAACAGCGUUUUUAUUCAAAAGGGUUCUGCAUGAAGGAUUAACAAGUUGGUGGGCGAGGUCCGGGGAGCGCGGGCGGCCAGGGCGGCCUCCCAGAGACUGCCCCCACGACGAGGGAGCAUGCGGCAUGGAAAUCUUGCGCCCUCCCCAUUCUGCGAAGUGUCGGCCAUCACCAGAAUGUCGCAUGUCCAGCCAGGUGUCAAGCUCGAUCCCGGCGAGGCGGCGCGCGUGGACAGCGGCCACGAGACGCUCUUCUCGGACGACUCGCCCUGCGACCUGGGCGCCACGCCCUCCAGCGGUGUCGGCAGCGCCUCCAGCGGCCAGGGCGCGGACCACACGCCGCCCAAGAUCACGCCCUUCAGCGGCGUGCUCGCCAAGGGCAAGGUGGUGAUCCGGCCCAUCGCCUUCAAGCCGGUGGGCGGCAUGUCUCCGGCCGCGCGGUUCGGCAGCGGCGGUGAGCGCUACGGCUCCACGCCCAUCCUGGCGCGCCCCGGCUCGCACCUCACCCUCUACGGCAGCUCCAGCGACCUGAGACACCCGCACCCCGCCGGCUGCAACUACUCGCUGGACCGCAAGUUCCUGUCGUCGCCGCCGCUCGCCAUGGCGUCGCUGCCGUCGCUGCCGUCGCUGCCGGUAGCCGCGGGCCGAGGCUUCGACGGGUCGCCUGCGCGCGCGCGCGUCUCCAGCGGCGGAGGCAAGCAGUUCCGGCCGGGCGGCUUGCUGCUGGACCCGACGCCCUCGCCCUCCGACUCGGGGCUGGCGGAGCUGGAGGCGGCGCUGAGGGAGCGCGACGCGGAGCUGGCCUACCUGCGGCAGACCAUGGAGCACAACGAGCAGGUCAUCUUCCGCGUGCACCAGGAGAAGGAGCGCGUGUGGGACCGCGAGCUGCGGCGCCUCAAGGCGGCGCACGAGAGCCGCCUGCGCGCCGGCGCCCAGAAGGCGCUGCGCCUCGAGCAGCUGCUCAUGAUGCAGACCUACCAGCUGCAGCAGGACAAGAAGAGGCUGCGCGAGGAGCUGGAGCGGGCCUCGGGCGAGGCGGCCGAGCUCCGCCAGGAGGUGGAGCUGCUGCGAGGCCGGCUGGAGGAGACCGAGUGGGGGCUGUGCCAGAAGACGGGCGAGAUGUCCCUGCUCAAGGCCCAGCUCAAGGACUCCCAGGCCGAGCAGACCUCCAAAGGGCACGAGCUCCUGCAGCUGAAGAGUCAGCUGCGAGACCUGAAGCUGGAGCUGGACCGCUGCAAGGAGCAGGCGGAGGAGACCGACAGGUUACGGGCCGACAACGAGCGGCUGGGGGCGGAGCUGCGGGAGGCCGCUCGGCGGGCGGAGGGGGAGACGGGGGACCCGGGGGAGGAGACCACGACGACCACGACGGAGGACGACGCCGUCGGCCCGGGGCUGGCCGCGGAGCUCCGCCGCCAGAAGGAGGCGUUCGAGCGGGAGCGCGUCACGUGGGCCCAGGAGAAGGAGAAGGUGCUGCGCUACCAGCGGCAGCUGCAGCUGGGCUACGUGCAGAUGUUCCACCGCACCAGGACGCUCGAGUCCGAGGUGGAGAGCCUCUCGGCGCAGCUGCAGCUGGGCUCAGGGUCGGCCCGGAAGAAGCAGCUGCCCGCCAUAGAGAUGGGGCAGACCAUCGAGCUCUGACCUCCCGAGACAACAGGGAACAACGCACACCGAAACUAUGCCAGCUUAGUUUCGACAGUUGCUAGGCCGUAGCAAUUUCACGUCGUCUAAGGGGAUUAAGCCAGGGGAGGGUUUUAGGGGUUCAAAUUUCCCCUCCCCCCCCCCCCUCCUAGCACCAAAUCUUUAAUUAUUUCAUAUUAAAAUUAAUAAAAAUUUUACCAUUACAAUAUUUAAAUUUAAGUACCGAAAACUGCUAAAAUAGCGCUAUUUUACACCUUAUUAAAAUCCAAAUUUUCCAGGGGGAGGAUCCCCCCCGAACCCAUUGCUUUAAUACCGGGGGGGGGGGGGGGGGGGGGGCAUGAUUCUUAACACCCCCCAUACACAAAUCCUGGCUACACCACUGGAUUAAGCUGUGCCAUCUUGGAUGUUAAAUUAUUUUGCAGUGUUACUUUUUUUUUUUUGCUUGAAAUGGCACCUGUUGGUUCAACCUUUUUUUUUUACUCGAGUUACGAUUACGACAGUUAGUUGUGGUUACCCGCAGGAUUUAGUCAGUUAUUUAUUCCAUGUGGUUACAGACUGCAGCCUGUUAUUGAAUGUCAGAUUGUAACAAGGUACAAAAAUGCAGGAAGAUGUAGUUUUGUGCCUUGUCAUGUCACAAAUUUGAGAUACAAAUUAAUAUAAAUAGCUCAUAAUUAAAAUUAGAAAAAAAAAGAUUUGAAAAACCUAAGGUUAUGGGACCAAACCUCCUUGAUAUUGAAAAUUUAACUUCAUUAAGACAUUCAGUACACAAGAAAUUUUCUGAGACAAUGAGGUAAUUUCUAAUAACAGUUUUAUUAUGCAUGUAUUCAUUCCCAAAAAAAUUAAUUCAGUAGGAAUUUCAUAGGUGAAGCCAUUUGUAGCAACCAGCUUUGCAUUUAAUUAUCGCCUGUGAUUUAAUUAAAACAAAUUUUCCAUAGUAAAUUAUCAAAAUAAUUAUGACCUAAAUACUGUUGAAACCAAGAUGGAAUUUAUGGGUUGCAAUAUCUAAACCUAAAUCGUAGCCAGUCUUACAGCUGUUCCAUCAGACAACAUACAUAUGAGGACCAGUAGUUUAACAUUUUGAUGCUUUCUCAAUUGAAGAAAGGCAUUUAACAAGUGUUCAAAUGUGGUCAGAAUAGCUGGAAUAUAUCGUAGCAUCGGUCACCACUUUCACUGCAGUCUAGUUGAACAAGUUUCAAUAUACCUUCAUUUGUUCUUGGACAUUGUGGCUUACUUCUGUUGUUGCAGUUCAUACAUUUACAAAAGUAAAAAAUACAUUUAGUGAAAGUUAUAGCUGCUUUCGAAACUGCAUCCUUCAAUUCUCAACGAGAAUUUUUUGCACUAUGUUUUUUUCAAUGUUAAAUUACGUAUGUACGUACCCGAUCUUGAAUUUUUUCCUCCGUGUCUGUGCUGUGGUUUAAACACUGGCAUAAAGCUGUACUUGGUGGUAUUUACCAGGCCUGAACUUUUUUAAUGGUGUAAUUUGUGCACUUUCACCCGUGUAAUCGAUCGCAACUUCUUACGAAGGAAACAUGUUUGGAAUAUGCAAUAAUUGCUUGUGAUGGUUCUUUUUACAGAGACACAGUUGUACAGUUUUGUUAGUGUAGCGUGAAAACAGUAAAAAUUUGAUGAUACAUCUGUGAUAGUUAAUCUGCAAUACGGUAAUCAUAAAAACCAAAAUUUUAAAAAAAUUAUAUUUUUUUGUUGAGGAAAUAGGUGGAAAGGGUAACUCAGGAGUUGAAAAAAGCAGUUUUCAAUGAUUAUAUGAAGACUACAUACAUAAAAUUAAAAUAAUAUUACCUAUGUUAAAAAAAAUAUUUGAAUCUCAUAAAUAUUAUAUUUUGUUUCAAUAUCUCCUAAUUAAGUUACGCAUCUCAUUGCAUUCCUAUUAUGAUACACACUAGUUCAGUGUCAUUGCAAAACUAGCUAUUAAAUUUUUAAUCAAUUUUUCUACUGUUCAGAAUUUCAAAAAAAAAUACGUACUUUACAGUCAAGUGAACCCUUUUUACAUUGGAUCCUAAAAAUACUGACCCUAAAGCAGUGUUGAACUGAUUGGAAUUCGUAGCCCUUCUGGUCAACAUCUGGUUACAGGCCUGAUUAUGUUCAUCAGAACUAAAACUGUUUAGCUACUUAGCAUCCUGUACGCAACAAGAACACAGCGUACUGCAGAUAACGUUUCCUGAGAAGUUGUCUUUAUUACACUGGGAGUUGAAGAGUGCUGCUCAUAUGUCCGGCUUCUUACAUUUGUUUACGUCAAAUGUGAUUGUGUGCGUCUCAGUUCCAGUACUCUGUGCUUUAGGUUCGUGUGGUCGUUCCACACAACUUUUUAAGCAGCACGCUGAAACGAGGGUUCUUGCUUUUCUUGAACAGUCUUCGUUGUUUUUUUUUUUUUAAGACCUUGUAAGAUUAGUCAAGGUAUUUUUGUAUGUUGUUUCCUUAUCAUUUCCAAGAUUAGAGAAUUUGCCUCGUACCAAAUGUAUCUAUAUAAAUGCUUAACACAUAUGUAUAGUGCCUGAUGAUUAACAUACAUUAACAUAAAGCCAUGGGGUACACCAUGUGUAUAAUAGUUGUAACACAUAUUGUGUCUAGUGUCGCAGAAUUUUUUUUGUUUGUAAAUAACCUCCUUACAGAAAACUGAACACCAAUGUUAUGAAAGCUCUACAGCAGACAAUACCUUUAAAGGAAACCUUAAAAUAUAGUUAAAUUUUGUUCUGUUUGUGCAAACAUUAUUCUACAGUGUGUCCUAUAACUCAACGUCUAGCCGAGAGCAGUUGAUCUGCUAAUUAAUUACGGUUCAGAUUAAAAAAAAAUCAAAAAGUGUUUUAGGUUUUCAGUUGUAAGCAUUAAUUUCAAAGUUUUUUAAUCCCCACCAUCCACCGAAUUAUUAGAUACUGUGACUAAAAAUUUUUGCUAUGCAAUCAUAAAUACUUAAACCUUUGAUUGAUAACAAUUCAAAAUGAAAUCAAACAUGACAUACUUUUGCGGUAGAAAACCUCUUUGCACGAAUAUGCAGCAGCAAUAAUUUAUAAUUGGAUAACUUUGACUAUUAACACUGUAAAUAAAAUUGACUUUGCUAACUUAGCAAGUUAUUUAAAAACAUGGAAAAUUAAAGCAAAAAACUAGUCAAAAUUACCUGAUUUAAAAUUGUUGCCGCAAAAAUGUUUCCAUAAACGCAUAGCAUCUCUGAUUUUAUUUUAAAUAGUUAUUAUCAGUAAGAUUAUUUAUUAUUUCAUCACAAAAAUAUUUUGUCACAGUAUCUAAUAAUAUGAUGCAGAGUGGGUUUGAAAAAAUGCCUGUAGCUCAAAAACUAAUUUUUUUUUUUAAAUGUUAGUUUUUUGAUUCAGAACCAUAAUUCACUGGUUUGUCAAAGUUUUUCCAAUGAGCAAUGUACAGUACAUAUUUUUUUUUGCAAAUUAGCUCUCACAAUGGGAUGAGUGUCAUGGAUUCUCUUCUUCUUGUUAAAAUUUCAUAUCAGUGCCAUUUCUCAAACAUACCACGAACAUGUUUCGAGGUAUGAAAUCUCUCCUAUGAGAAGGUAGAUAUGUCAUUAAUUUGUAAAUUUAUGCAUUAGUAUAUCUGAGUCUUAUGUAAAUUUUAUUGAAAAGUUUUGGAAGUACCACUGUAAAAAUAAAUGAAGUAAUGUUUUGUUGUAAAUUAAUGUAUGUAGCUAGUGUUUUGUACAGAAUUUAGCUAAACACCAUCUGUAACAUAUCGCGUACCUAAUUGAAGGAAUUUAACGAUACUCGAUACAUCAGGAUUAAUUUUUUAUUGAAAAUCUGAAGAGUAAUGUAGCAUACUUGUAACUUGUAAAAUUACAAACUGGGCAGUAAUGUUUUAAUUUCAAUACAGUUUAUGCACAAAGUUGAUUUACCAUAAAAUGUCUUCUCAGUAUUUAGGAUAAAUGCUUGUUUCAGAAAUUAAUGUUUAUAUUUUUUUAAUAGAAAUGUAAAAUAACAUUACUCUUUGAUUAAAAGUGAUAUAAUACAAAGUCUUGCUAUGUUUGCAUUCUAUUUUUCAAGUUCAAGUUUCUGGACUGAAUCAGAAAUGAUAGUAUUUAUUUAUUGUAUAGUUGUUUUGUAUGAUAUAAAGCAACAGUGAUAAUUAUACAA